GCGGAAGUGCCGAUUAUGACAAUAGUUGCUCGUCGUAGUGGAAGUUUCCGAAUCUUUUUUCAAGUACAAUACCAGUAAGAUGUACAUAUUUUUCACGUUCGGCUCGAUAUUUGAUGAUUGAAUUUAUAGAAAUUCGUUAAAGAUGGAUAAAGAAAGGCGACGAAGGAGGGCGGAGUCCCCGAUGCGUGAGCCUAAAGUGAAGAUAAAACAGGAGCAGCUUAGCCCCGACGGCCCGCACAGAUCACGCCGCUCCAAGCCGAGAUCCGCCGGGGACUCGAGCCCGAGGAGGAGAGGGAGCAGAUCACCUGCAAGGUCAAGGGAUCACUCACCAGAUAGAAGGGAGAGGUCACCCGUGAGACGAAGCAGCAGAUCUCCCAGAAACAGGCGGAGCCGAAGUCCCCACCGUACUGCCAGUAUCCCAGUAAAGCGGGAACGCGAGGAACACCGUGGUGGUGAUGAGCGUAGGAGGCGAAACGACCAGUCAGAGGAGAGACGGAGCCGAUGGGAGUCAGACAGACCAAGGGAAAGGGAGCGAGAGCGUGGGGGGGAGAGACACCGUGAGAGGGAUGUUCAGACCUUCCAACAGCAGCAGUCUGAGAGACAGCAGCAGGAUGAGCGACGCAGAGAAAACCGCCAGAGACUCGAGGAAAACCCAGAAGACCAAGACCACGCCUUCGGUCGGCCUCAAGAAGGUGGUAAGGGCAGCGAUGCCCCUCCAGCUGACAAAGAAAAACCCAACUUUGAACUGUCAGGGGCACUCACGGAAGACACCAACACGUUCCGAGGAGUGGUGAUCAAGUACAACGAGCCGCCAGAGGCUCGCAUCCCUAAGCGUCGGUGGCGACUUUACCCGUUCAAGAAUGAUGAGCCUCUUCCCGUCAUGUACAUUCACAGACAGAGUGCCUAUUUGUUGGGGCGGCAGAGAAAAAUAGCCGACAUUCCCAUCGACCACCCAUCUUGCUCUAAACAACAUGCUGUGUUUCAGUACAGACUUGUGGAGGUCACACGUGCGGAUGGCACCACUGGCCGCAGGGUGAAGCCCUACAUCAUUGACCUGGGCUCCGGCAACGGCACCUACCUGAACAACCAGCGCAUUGAGGCCCAGCGCUACUACGAGCUCAAAGAGAAAGAUGUGCUCAAGUUCGGUUUCAGCAGCCGGGAGUACGUCCUCCUGCACGAGUUCUCCGACACAACCGAGGUAGACGCUAAGCAGGAUGAAGAGGAUGAUGAUGAGGGUGUUGACGAGUAAGCCAACCCGUUGGAGCGAAUACCCAAGUCACCGAGCGGUAGUUCUCAAAGUGGACUCCUUUGGGGUAUGUCCAGGGAAAAUGACUAUUCUGAAGAUGUUUUUUUUUUUUACUCUCGCUGCUGUGAUGUACAAAGUAUGCACAGAGUAGAGGGCAGUUGGAUACUAAACUCAAUUAAUUACCCCAUACAGGUUUCUUUUCCGAGGUUAAAUAAAACAAGUGUCGAGACUGUCGAAUUUGUCCUUUGUGGAGGCUCACGAGAUCAAAUAAAUCGUGAGAACCCCUUGGAGAAGAUGGUCGUCGUCAGUCGACACAUUAUCCGCACUGACUGAAUUGACCGACUGAACUGACAGUGUUGGGGGGGGUUCAGACGAAACAAGUCAAAACGGGGUAAUGUGAUGGGGUCAGCAUUCGUAAGUCAAACCGCUUUAACCUGCCACAGCUGUCUCAAAGAAGACUCCCUAUUCUCAGGAAGUUUGCGUUAAGGUCCACAUGAUAACUGUGAUCAAAGUAGAUUUUCGUACAUCUGACAGCACUCGCAAGAAAUACAAGUGCUUAGUGCCAGGUGGCGCCAUCGCACACAUACAACAGGUUAUUAUAUUUUUAAAUGACAGGAUCGUGUACAAAGCUUAGCUGAAGAUAGCCUACUGUGUACAUUGGGGCUACAUGUGUACAUGUACAGGAUCUUCUGAGUGUGGAUUCUGGAGUCAUAAUAUUCAUAGGCGUCGUUUGUUUUCAGGAAAUAAAAACAGCUUGUUUUUG